AUGACUUCUCCAGGGAGCUGUUUCCGUUCCCUUUUCAACUACUAUACCGAGAAAUAUGUUGUCACUAAAAACAGAAAGAUCGGAAUCAUAUACAGACUUUAUCAGCUGUCUGUGCUGGCGUACAUAAUCGGUUGGGUGUUUGUGGUCAAGAAAGAAUACCAGGAGAAAGAAGAAUCCAUUCAGAGCUCCGUCUUCACAAAACUCAAAGGUGUCGCUAUGACCAACAGCUAUGGCCUUCACAUAUGGGGUGAGGAAGACUACUCAAUCCCUCCCAGCGGUGAGAAAAACUUCUUUGUGGUGACGAAUUACAUUGAGACUCCCAAUCAGAAGCUGGGGUUUUGCCCCGAGAGCUACAACGUUCCAGGUGGACGAUGCGUGAGCAAUGCAGACUGCAAGAAAGGCGAGUCUAUCAUAGCUGGUCACGGGAUCAUGACUGGUGUUUGUGUGAAAACAACUGGGACAUGUGAGAUCCAAGCCUGGUGUCCUGUUGAGAAUAGCACCAAGCCGCAAAAGCCGAUACUAGGAGCAGCUGAAAACUUUACCGUCUAUAUCAAAAACUUCAUUCGGUUUCCGUUAUUUGAUUUCUCCAAGUCGAACAUCAAUCCAGAAAUCUACGGAGCCAGCUACCUUAAGAAUUGCACCUACGACAGCAAGCGGCAUCCCUACUGUCCCAUAAUUCGUCUGGGGCAGUUGGUUAACUGGACAGGCAAAAACUUCCAGGAAAUGGCGUCUAAUGGUGGUUCUGUCGGGAUUGAAAUCAAUUGGCAGUGCGACUUGGACAAAGACUAUUCUCUCUGCAAGCCCCAAUACCGGUGCAUAAACUUGGGUAAAAACAACUUGGGAACAAACACCACGGUACCAUACAACUUUAGGUAUGCUAAGUAUUUUAAGGAUUCAAACGGGAACAGCAUUCGCACUUUGUAUAAGGUGUACGGGAUCCGCUUUGACGUGAUGGUGACUGGGCAGGCUGGACGCUUCAGUAUCGUCCCCACGAUGAUAGCGUUGGGCUCAGGGUUCGCUCUUCUUGGGGUUGGCGUCUUUGCCUGUGACACGAUUCUACUCUACAUGACAAACGCAGGUGAAUUCUACAGAAAGAAUAAGUAUGAAAUGAUCAUGCAGAAAGCUUUGCAAAAGGAGGAGAAAGAUACCAAAGCGUCUUCAGAGAGCAAGCCGAUUCACUCGAAGGAUGAAACAGAAGAGAUGUCCACAUUCAUUUCAUCAACACCAUAG